CAGACCCGACAACAGCGCAUAUCUACCGCAAUUAUGUCGUCUCCAGCGUCGAGCCGGCGACGAGGCUGUAACGACGAAUGCCUCCGCCGCAUCGCCGCCCGAUUGUGUGCGCUGAACGACUGUUCUCGACUCGCAGAGCAAGGUAGCGAAGCUGAAUCGGCUGAGAACGAGGUCUGUUGUGGUGUCAGUUCCGCCGGCGUCGUGGCUAGCAAUGGCAAGACGGAGGAGAUCAGAGAUUGCUGCAGCGCGUCUGCUGGCCAAGAGGUCAAAUGCGUCGUUAAAGAGACGAUAUCUUCCAAGCCAAACGUCGACUGCAGUGGCGGUGGCGGUGGCUGUUGUGUUUCAGCUGGAGAAGAGGAUGAGCAGUCCAAGGCCAACGACGGUGGAUGCUGCCCUGGCAGUAGUGGAGUCGCAGCCUCGCGCCAGGAAUGUUGCUCCGAAGACAAGCCGCAGAUCGGUGGAUGCUGCUCUGUCAGUAAUGAAGACGCAGCCUUGGCUCGGAGUUGCUGCUCUGAAGAUAGGUCGAAGGGCGCCAACUGCUGCUCUGGAAACAUUGACAAUGCAGUUUUGCCUCAAAAAUCUUGCUUCGAAGACAAAUCGGAAAGCGUGUCCAAAUGCGCCAAGUCAGAGGGAGUCGAGCAAGUCUCUAAACAAGACUGCUGCGCAGCAAAGCCCACAUGUGGCACAAGCAGUGGCUGCUGUGGUGGUAAUGACGAGGAGAAGAUAAUCCCCGAGAAGGGUUGUUCCCUUGAGAGCGGACCAAUCGCAAAAGCUACUUGCUGUGAUACUGCUGAUGUAGCAGCAAAGUCUUCGUGCGGCUCAAGCAGUGACUGCUGUGGCGGUGCUGACAACGACAGGGGACUUCCAGACAAGGGCUGCUGCUCUGAGAGCACACCAGUCGCGAAAGUCACUUGCUGUAGUACUGCUGAUACAGCGACAAAGUCUUCGUGCGACUCAAGCAAUGGCUGCUGUGGCAGUGCUGACAAUGACAGGAGACUUCCACCAGAGAAGGGCUGUUCCUCUGAGAGCGCACCAGUGGCGAAAGCUACUUGCUGUAGCAGUACUGACAUCCAAGCGAAUCCCUCCCGUGGCACGAGCAGCGGAUGCUGCAGUGGCGAUAACAAAAUUGCGGACAAGGCCUGUUCUCAGAGCGUGGCGUACGCAGGCGCAAGCUGCUGUGAUACUGCUAAUACAGCGGCGAAGCCCUCCCGCGGCACUAGUGCUGGCUGUUGUCGCGACGAGGACGAUAUAAACGUCGUCCUGGAGAAAUGCUGCCAAUCUGAGAGCACGUCGGUCGCAAAACCCAAAUGCUGUGGCACUAAUGACAAAGCUACCGACGAGUGCUGCAAAGCUCCCGUCGCUACACUUGCUGCGACAUCAGGCAGUGACAUUCAUUGCACCGACAAAUGCUGUGAAGAUAAUACUAGCUGCGAUGCCACCCCUGAGUCCGGUGCUGGAGGCUGUGUGGACCAUCUGCAACUUGCUUUGGACCGCUAUGAGGCUGCGCUGCGGCGGGGACUUUGCCUCUGCCGCAUGGCCAUUGAGCAGCUUGGCUUUAAUUGCUGCAAAUCGGACCCGGCACAAGGUGUCACUCGAGCAGUCAAAGGUAGCUGCAAUGCCGCUGUUCUUGAGAAGAACGCAACUGACUUGGAGGUCAACAUUCACUCUCGUUGCUCUUCAGACCUUCCCAAAAAGGAAGCCAUUGUUGUUUCGUCCGUCGAGCACAAUCAGAAUGAUCUCGACAUCGAAGCCGCGGCAGGUCGUGAGCAUGUGGUGCUCAAUGUCUCAGGCAUGACCUGCACUGGAUGCAGUAAGAAGAUGAUGAACGUGCUUGCUGGCGUCCGAGGGUUGUCCAACGCUCAAGUGACAUUCGUUUCUGGCAGCGCUGAAUUCGACCUGGAUUCUAGCGUAUGCGACAAUGUCGAGCAAGUGGUGCUACGUAUCGAGAAGGAGACUGGUUUUCGGUGCCUUCGCAUCAUUAGUGGACGCCAGGAGCUGUCUGUUCUGAUGACAGCCGCCACGGCCAGACAGAUGCAUGAAACUGCAAUGCUUGGCCUCAUGUCCGUUACAAAGGGCAAGAAGGGUCUUUACAAUAUUGCCUACGAUCCCACGCUGGUCGGCGCGCGCUCUUUGCUGCCACCAGAUGCAACACUUGCGCCUCCAUCGGACGAUGCCAGUAUCGCAGAAGGAAAACGACGACUGAUCGAGACGGCCUGCAGUACCGUGCUAGCGGCCAUACUCACCAUUCCUGUCGUUGUCUUGGAAUGGUCUGAUACGCCGGUGCCGCAUCGGAAAGUGUCCAUCAUCGCUCUCGUGUUGGGCACAUGCGUGCAGAUCAUCGCCGUUCCCGAGUUUUACGUUGGCGCUCUCAAAUCACUUAUAUACAGCCAUGUCAUCGAGAUGGAUAUGCUCGUCGUUAUCAGCAUCACUGCUGCGUACGUCUACUCUGUUGUUGCAUUUGGCUUGCAGCGCGCCGGCAUAUCGCUUGAACAAGAGGCCUUUUUUGAGACUAGUACAAUGCUCAUUACGCUGGUCCUUCUGGGACGGCUCAUCGCUGCCUGGGCAAGAAUGCGAGCUGUAUCUGCUGUCUCACUGCGAUCUCUGCAGGCGGACAGUGCUUUGCUAGUUGGGCAUACUGGCGAAACCACAGAAAUCGAUGCUCGACUAUUGCAUUUUGGUGACCAGAUAUCUAUCCCUCCCCAUGCACGAAUCGUCACCGACGGUCAAGUAGUCUCUGGACUCAGCGAGGUGGACGAAUCCAUGGUGACUGGCGAGAGCCUGCCCGUGGAAAAGCAAGUCGGCGACAAGGUCAUUGCGGGCACCAUCAACGGCUCAGGCGUGAUGCAGGUCGCGAUCACACGCCUACCGGGCGAGAACAGCAUCACGGAUAUUGCAAAGCUUGUCGAGAAUGCCGUUGCAUCCAAGCCCAGAGUGCAAGACUUGGCUGAUAAAGUUGCAUCCUGGUUCAUCCCGGUUGUGGUUGGUAUCGCCAUCCUCGUGUUCUGUAUCUGGGUAGCUAUUGCUAUUGAGGUCCGCGAUCGUAAUGCUGGAGGCGCGAUCGGACUGUCCAUCACCUACGCGAUUGCUGUCCUGGCGAUCAGCUGCCCCUGUGCACUGGGCUUGGCCGUUCCCAUGGUGCUCGUCAUUGCCGGUGGCAUAGCUGCACGAGCCGGAGUCAUUAUCAAAGCUGCUGAUGCGAUCGAGCGGAGCUACAAGAUCACCGAUGUUGUUUUCGACAAGACUGGCACUUUAACCGAAGGCGACUUACAGGUCGUGCGGGAAAGCACGAUAUCUCAUGAGAUCACUCUCAGCGAUGAAGAGACUCGAGCACUUACUUUCGCGCUAGUCACAGACAAUCCCCAUCCCGUAUCUGUCUCUGUUGCCGCAUACCUCGCAGCCACAUACCCCAAACAAGCCAAGAAGUCGCUCCAGUCGAUCGUUUCCAUCCCAGGCGCAGGCAUCGAAGCUCAGUAUGGCGACAUCAACAUCAAAGCCGGAAAUCCAUACUGGUUGGAGGUCGAAAGCCACCCUGAGGUCACACACUUCCUACAAGAUGCCAUGACCACAUUCUGCAUCACACUCAAUGGAAAGCUCGUUGCGGUCUACGGCCUUCAAAGCACCCUCCGCUCCAACGCCUCCUCCGUAAUCGCAGAACUGAAUGGUCGCGGUAUCACCUGCCACAUCGUGAGCGGCGACAACUCCGAAGCCGUGUCUCUAGUCGCUUCCUCCCUCAACAUCCCUCCCGCCAACAUCACAUCCCGCAGCUCCCCAGCUCAAAAACAACAAUAUGUCCAGCGACUCCAAUCCACCCACAACAAAAAAGUCCUCUUCCUCGGCGAUGGAACCAACGACGCCGUGGCCAUCGCCCAGGCAGACGUCGGCGUCCAAAUGGGCUCUACAUCCGACGUAACUGGUGCCGUGGCAGAUGUGGUGUUGCUGUCGCAUCGUCUCGAAAGUGUGAUAUUCUUACUCGAACUUUCACGUGCGGCUGUAUGGAGGAUCGUGUUCAACUUCGUGUGGAGUGCGGUGUAUAAUGUGUUUGCGAUUCUGUUGGCUGCGGGGGCCUUUGUGCGAGUUCGCAUUCCACCGGCAUAUGCGGGCUUGGGCGAGAUGGUGAGUGUUGUGCCGGUUAUUGUUGCUGCUGCGACGCUGGGGAUGGGGUUGGGGAGGGGACAGGGGAAGAAGUAG